AUAUAUGGACUAUUAUAUAUAUAGAUUGAUAAUUUGUGAAAUAAGAGAAUCAUAAGAGGGGCAACUUAUACGUAGUAUAUAAAUAAAGGGUAAAUGAAUUUAACUGUAAGUUGAUAUCGAUAUUGAUACUAGAAUUUUAAUAUUGUUAGAAGGUGAAUUGAAUGAUGAGCAAUGUAGAAGAAUUUCACUAGGAGUACUUGGAGGUUGAGCCAACCUAACGUAGAUUAGCCAGCCGCAUCCCCAACCCUAAUUACUCGAUCGUCCAUUUCAUCUUCUUCUACUGCGAAUCAAAAUGUCAUCUGCAUCUUCAUCACCUGCCAGAAAAGGACGAACCAUUACUCUUGAUUAUGAGCCGGCGGUGUACUGUUAUUGUGCUUUGAAGGCCCCCUUGUGCGUAGCUCGGGAGAGUGGGAGAACAUUCUACGGCUGCCAAAAAUGGAAGGUUGGAUGUGGAUAUUUUGUGUGGAAAGAUUCUCUGGAAAGUAGAUAUGCAGUUCAUGGUGAAGAAGUGAAUCAAGAUAUGUUUGAAGGAAAGAGCAUGAUCUCCAAGCUAGCUGACCAGUUAAGCGGAGUACAAGGAAAAAUUGAAUGUCUUCAGGAGGUUGUUGAAACUGAAGCGAAGGAUGCUAAAAAGUUUAGAAAAGUGGUUGGAGUUGCUGUUAUUGCAGUUCUGGGUUUCCUUACCAUGGUUUACUGUAAUCAGCUUCAAAUGUAAUACUUUGAGUAGACUAUAAUUGUAGUACUUAGGAAGCUUGGUCUGCAUUUUGUACUGCUGUGUAAGACUCGGUUGGAAUGCAUUAGUGUAAUAAACAAUGAGUGAUGGCCUUGAACUUGUGUUGUACUAUCCUUGACUCCUUUAAUAAAGUGUGUGUAAGAAUUGAUUGCUUGGCCUACUUUUUC